AUGGACCGCAUCAAGGAGAAACUGAACUCGCUCCGUGUAGAGGCCGACGCAGCAAGCGAGCGUGCCGACGAGCUUGCAGCCAAGAACAAGCAGCUCGAGCAGGAGCUCCUCACCAAAGACCAGGAGAUCGCCUCAUUGCAGCACAAGCUCAGCGUCGCGGAGGGAGACCUUGACAAGCUUGAGGGCAAGCUUCACGAGCACAAGGCCGUUCGCGAGGAGCACGAGUCCAACGCAACCAACUCAGAAUCGCUUCAACGCAAGGUCGACUUGCUUGAGUCUGAGCUCGACACUGCUGAGAAGAACCUUCGCGAAACCACCGAGAAGUUGCGACAGGUCGACGUUAAGGCCGAGCACUUUGAGCGACAGGUGGCAACACUCGAACGCGAGGUUGCUCAGUGGGAGAAGAAGUACGAGGAGGCCGAAGAGCGAUACCGAACCUCGAAAGCAGAGCUCGACGAGGUGGUCGCACAGAUGGAGAGUCUCUAG